AUGGUUGGAGUGGUGUUGGCUGACUCCCAGCAAUGCGCAAGAUCAGCGAACGUCAAGACACACGCCCUCACCGAGUAUCACCACCAGUUCGAGCACUGGGAAGCCACCCCCAAUCACCCCCGCUUGGUCAUCAGAGCAAGCAUCCUCAUCAACCAGGCCUUUGCCAGAUUCAUCUUUGCCCUCGAGCCCUUCAAAAACACCGCCAAAGCAGUCCAAUUGCUUGCCAACCUCAUCACCAAACUUGGCUCCUUCCUCACCCAGCAUCAUCUGACCGACAGCACACAACUAUGGAACGGUCUUGGCCGGCUGGCAGACAAGAUCUUCCAGGCGUAA